AUGUCCGCUGAAGCUGAAUCUGCUUCUAGCGACUAUAUUCGGCUUCACAUCAGCCCUCUCGAUCCCGAGCUUCUCAAGAUCGUCCUGCCGGCCUCUGCAGCUCCCAAGGCGCGAAACAUUUCCUACCACUCGAUUGAUACUUUUCCCGAGCGGCGCUACGGCUACGUCGAACUUCCGACCAUGGACGCUGAUAAGUUGAAAAAGAAGCUCAAUGGCGCUGUGUUGAAGGGCAACAAAAUACGGAUUGAAAAGGCCCGGCCAGAACAACGAGUUGAGCCUACCGGCGAGCUCGAUAAGGCAGAUGAGGAGCAUGAGAAGAAGCACAAGAAGCAGCCCAAGGAAUCAAAAGAAGAGAGGCGGAAACGAAAGCGUGAUCCUGAGAUUCUAGAGGGUGUCGCUUUAACAGACCGCAAGGUCAAGCGAGGAUGGACAGAAAACGCCGACCAAAGAAGAAAGAAGAGUAAACAGGACAAGGAAAAAGAGAAGGAUGGCAAGUACACAGAGAAGAAGAAGCGCCUAAAAUCCAAGUACACAGAGGGAGAUGAGUGUCUGCUCAAGACCAAGGUCCCACCCAACCUGGUGUCCACUCUGCCCGAGGACGAACAACCUCGCAAGCGCAAGAAGAAGGGCAAGGGUCGCGAGGUGGUGAUCCACGAAUUCGCGAAGACAACAAAGUUCCCUAGUUUCUUGAAGAACUCUGUCGCCGAGGGCGAAGUCAGCGCAGCGACCGAGUUCGUCGAGGGUAAGGGCUGGGUGGACGAGAAUGGCAAUGUGGUUGAGACUGUCAAGGAGAAGAAGGUCACAGAGCCUGCGCCCAAGAAGAAGAAGGCCAAGAAGGCCCCCACGCCUCCCCCAGUUGAAGAGUCAGACGACGAUACCAGCAGCAGUGGCACUAGCAGCAGUGGCACUAGCAGCAGUGGCACUAGCAGCAGCGGCUCUUCAGAUGAGGAGAGCGAGAGCGAGGAUGAGAUGAAGGUCGAUACCCCCGUAAAGGAAAAGAAGGAAACCACAACCAAGACCAAACCCCAAACAGAUGACGAGUCUUCUUCCGACGAGUCUUCCGCUGACGAAGGCUCUGACGAAGCACCUCAACAAGCGACACCCCUCUCAGCCAUCAAAGCCGACGACAACAGACCCAUGUCCUCAAGCUCCUCCCGCAGUCUCACCAUCAAGAUUCCCCCUCCCCUGACCCCCUCCACCAAAGUCCAUCCCCUCGAGGCCCUUUAUAAACGGGUCAAGCCCGACGAAAACGCCACCGAGACACCUGCGCAGAAGGAAGCCGAGCCCUUCAGCUUCUUUGGCGCCGGCGGAGAUGACGACGAUAUCGAGGAAGAAGAGGACCAAGAUCCUGCCAACCAGACCAUCGCAACUCCCGCGCCUAUGACUCCCUUCUCUCGCCAGGACUUUGAAUUCCGCAACGUUAGAAGCGCUGCUCCUACACCUGAUACGGCGCAUCCCUCGCGCAUGCGCAACUUCUGGCCCGAAGAUGAGGAGGAAGAUGAAGAUGCUGAAAUGGAUGAUGAGGAAGGAAACAAGAAUGCAUCUGGGCCCUCGAGUUCAAGUGAUUUCCAGGCUUGGUUCUGGAAUAACAGACGUGAUCUCAACCAAUCGUGGAUGAAGCGUCGCAAGACAGCUGCUAAGGAGAAGAGACAUAGGGAGAACAAGGCUAGAGCAAGCAAGGCGGUAUAG